UGUUGACCAUGGAAGUCAUAACAGCGUCUAUAGUAAAACUGUUAAUUCGACCUUGACCUACACCUGUGACACCGGAUAUUACAUCACUGGACCGGAAGUAAUUACCUGCGUUCAGAGUGAUUCAACAGUGCAAUGGACAGCACCACCUGUUUGCAAUAAAGGUUGUGACGAAGCCCCUGAAGUUGAUCACGGUAGUCAUAAUAAGAACUACAACAGGACGCUUGGUGCAACUCUCUUCUACGUUUGCGAUGACGGUUAUUAUAUGAAAGGACCGGAAGUAGCAACAUGCGAAAAAUCGGGCGGUUUAGAUCCAAAAUGGUCCGAGACACCUCAAUGCAUCAAAGCCACGUGCCCUGCUGUGCCGGAAAUACUGUACGGAUUUCACGAGACCGUUAAUUCAACUGCAAUUGGUACUUCCGUUAAGUAUUUUUGCAAUGCUACCUUUGAGAUUCUCGAUGUUGACACCAUUAUAUGCGAAUUGAAUGUAACAGCCAAAGUACCAUCUUGGUCAACGCCCUUACCACAAUGCAUCGGUGGUUGCCAACUGCCCAGUUUUUCAAAAGGUUAUAUUCUGUUACCUGGAAUGGUAGUUACAACCGAGGGGCCAGUUGCUUCUACUGCGGCACCAACUGAGCCACAGGUCAUGACGGUUACUGAAAUGGAAACCACGACAACGGUUCCGGACACCACAACGUCAGAAGAAGCCACGACAACAACUGAAGCACCAAUGACAACAACUGACCAACCUGUGACAACGGAGGAACCUGUUGCUACAACAUUAGCACCUGAAGUGACUUCUGACUCGGUUAACACUGCAACUGAUGUAUUUAUCAAAACAAAAGGAACCACUGUAUCAGCAUCCGUUAUACCAAAUGAUGAAGAUGACUCUAACAUGACAGAUACCACGACAACAAACUCUAACAUUACAGAUUCCAUGACAACAACAACAACGCCUGUACCUGAUACAGAUAUGCCAGACACAACUACCCUAGACACAACUGCUGCACCGGAAACCACAACAACACCUAAGCCAACGACGACCACAACACAGCCCACAACCACUACAACAACACUUCCACCGACCACCCAGUCACCGUAUGCAUACAUCGGAAACAUAACAACCUUUAGAAUUAACGAGACGAUUAUUUUUCAAUGUAAUCCAGGAUACACCGUUAUUUCCACGGCAAACCCAAAUUAUGUUGGAAGCAGUGUGUCGGCCGAUUGCAAACUGGUAUCAAAUGUUACUGAAAAUGGCGUCGUGUCAAGGACAACUUCCUGGAGUACAACAGCAUUCUGCGUCCCAUAUUGCCCAGCAGUCGAGGAGGUCCUCUACGCCAAUCAUACUAUCCCUGCUAACACGCGCCAAGGUGCCACCGUAGAGUACUCGUGUAAUGAUGGGUUCGAACUUGUUGGGACAUCACAGGUUACCUGCUUACCAACGGGAAAAUGGAAGCACCUUAAAAAAAAUUGA